ACUCUACUGUGCAUGCAAUUGUCUGUCAACAGCAAUGGGUUUCAACCAAAUGGAAGUUGGUGUGGUUGUGCUGCUGCUUUCAGUUGGUUUGUCAACAGCCCAAUGGCCGCUAAAGGAAGCUGUUCUAGCUCCUCUUGGAUUUCAACAUAACAAUUCAGGGUAUCAUUUGGUGCCAGUGAACACUGGGUUGACUUCUCAAUGGCUGCAAAGGGAUCAACAAGCUGGAAGCCCUGCAGUAGGAGUGCAGCUUCAAAAUCCUUCAGGUCCUCAAAACCAGCAAGUAGUGCAGCAACCAGCAAAGAAAGUGACUUGGCGUUUUCCAGCAGCACCACAAAUCCCAACCCCACCAGCACCAGUGCACUUUGUAAGGCAGUCUGAUCCUGUUCCUGCCCAGGGUGUAACAGUAAAGUGCAACGAGACUGCAGUGUGUGUAGAGGUGAGAAGGGAUCUGUUUGGAACUGAUGCACCCCUCAAUAUUGCUGCCUUCACACUGGGUGGCUGUGCUGCCAGGGGGAUGGAUGCUUCUUCUCAAGUCUUCAUCUUUGAAUCUGCUCUGUAUGGCUGCAACAGCAAGUUGACCGUAAGUAUCCUGUUGCCUAAUCCCUUGGUUUGGCUUAAGCUUUUCUGGCCUUUCUUAAACUGUUUCCUUUCCUUUCAGGUGACCGCAAAGGAGCUUGUCUAUAUCUUCUCCCUUGGUAUGGCUUCAGUGCCCUUAAGUAGUACUCCCAUUCAAAGGGUUGCUGCUACUGUGGUUUCAAUUGAGUGUCACUACCUGAGAUUCCACAAUGUGAGCAGCAAUCCUCUUAUGCCUGCUUGGAUCCCAUAUGCUUCUGCCCAAGCUGCUGAGGAACUUCUUGUUUUCUCCUUGAGGCUUAUGAUGGCUGAGUGGACUUCUGAAAGGCCGUCCAACCAGUACUACCUGGGUGAGCUCAUCAACAUUGAGGCCUCUGUACUGCAGUUCAACCACGUACCUCUGCGUGUCCUUGUUGACAGCUGUGUGGCCACCCCUGUCCCUGAUCUCAAUGCCAUCCCUAGAUAUUCCUUCAUUGAGAACUAUGGGUGCAUGAUUGAUGCCAAGCUUACACACUCCAGCUCUCACUUCUUGCCUCAAACUCAAGCAUCUAAACUGAGACUUCAGCUGGAGGCCUUCAGGUUUCAACAAGUAAACAGCAGCAUGGUUUACAUUGCAUGCCUCCUAAAGGCAACUGCAACAUCUGCCCCUGCUGAUGCUGAGCACAAGGCUUGUUCAUUCUCCAGCAAUGGAUGGACUGCUGCAUAUGGUGCUGACCAGGUAUGCAGCUGUUGCAGUAGUAGCUGUGCUGGGAGGAAGGGUCAUGACCUGGCAUCAGAGCAAGGUUUGCAGCUAGUGAAAGAAGUAAGCCUUGGACCAGUUGUGGUUCUGGAAAAUGCUUUGUAGUCUAAUGACUUGUUCAUUUGCUUCAAUAAAUUUUUAAAAAAUA